GAGAGGGAGGAGAGAGAGAGAUAGAGGAGGGAGGAGAGAAGGAGGAGGGCAGAGAGAGAGAGAGAGGAAGAAAGCAGCGAAAGUGUCACCGAGCAGCAGAAUUCCGAGGCCGCGAAGCGAUGCUGUGCCGACCGAAGGGCUGAGGAGACACCCCCCCCACUUCCCCACGCCGCAGAGCUCCGUGAGCCCCGCCGACAGAGUCCGGAAGAGCCGGGGCGGAGAAGAAGAGGAGCCCCGGCGAUGCGAGCAUGCAGCCUCCCAACCCUCCUCUUCCUUCUCCUCCUCCUCCUCCCCAUCAUCCACAAAGAAGACAGACGUUCCUCUGACUGACUGAGAGGAACUCCGCUGCCUGCUGGAUUACAGCCGCCCCCCCAGAGGAGGCUUCCAGCCGCACACCUCCCCACAUGAAUUCAGCGAGGAAAAGCGAGCACUCCCCAGCAAGAGUGCCUACCCCUGCUGACUGAAGUCCCACCUGCAUUUUCGUCAUCUCCAACCAACCCAACGGUGGUGCCAUGCUUUUGUGUAAACCGGGCCGAGCUCUGGCCCAGUCCAGGCGACCCAUCCUGGGCCUCUGCCUUCAUUCGUUCCCCAUAGGUCUGCUGCUGCCUCUGGUCAUCCUUCUAACCAAACCUUGGAGCAGCGUCUGUGCAGCACUAGCCUCCCCAAGAUUCACCAAGAUUCCCACAGACCAGAUCGGAGUGUCAGGGGGGGUGGCAUCAUUUGUGUGUCAGGCCAUCGGCAACCCCAAGCCUGUCGUCUACUGGAACAAAAAGGGCAAGAAGGUCAACUCCCAGCGUAUCGAGACCAUAGAGUUUGAUGAAGGUGCCGGUGCUGUGCUGAGGAUCCAGCCGCUCAGAGCACCCCGAGAUGAGAACGUCUARGAGUGCGUGGCACGCAACAGCGAAGGAGAGGUCUCUGUCACUGCAAAGCUGGCCAUUAUCAGAG